GGAACUAUUGCGUUCUCUACUGCAGGUUGUAGGGAUAAAUAUACAGAGCGGACUGGACUAAAUUUCAUGGUUGACUAGAUCUCUUGGAAAGCAUUACACUGCAGGUGGAGGGAUGAGCCUCUUCUCUGUGAUUGACACAUAUGUGCCGGAAGCAGCCAAUGGGGUGGAUACACCAGACUCCCCUGGAUCCUGCAGUGAGAAUGGCCCGCACAUCUACUCCCCUACUACCCCCUCGCAGCUCCUGAAGUUUGGGGGCAGGGUGCCAAGGCCUGGGCACGGAUCCCUUGAUGGGACCCCUGAAGAGACUGAGAACUGUGUGGAUGGAGAGAGAGCAUGCCAUGUACAAGAAGACCCCAUAGACACUCCUCACAACUACAUGUCCCAUUCGGACAAACAACACAAAGACACGCUCCUAUCACAGCCCUCCUGCCCCACUGCCACAUGCGCGGCAGACACAAACCCACACGCGACCCCUCAAGACAUGUCCCUCACUGGACCCCUCCAAACAGAUGAGCCCCUAAAUGAUGUUCUGUCUAGAGACUCACAGCAUACCGCCGCCGCCGCAACAAGCAUUCCAUCCAAAGACACAGCCCCACAGAGGGACACUCCCAGUGCAGACACACUUCCGUCAGAGACAGAACACACAGAGCCUUGUAACUGCUGUUCUGUAGAAACAGAGGAGGAGAAGCAGGAGGAGGAGAGCGAGGAGCAGCAUUCAGGAAACACCCAGGCUGAAGUCUCAGCUCAGCUUACAGAGGAGCCCUCAGCAGCAUCUCCCAGCCCAAGCUCUGGCCCAGCCAAGAGGAAUUCAUCAGACAGCAGCCCCUGCCCGCCCCACGUCAUGGCCCAGGUGCAUGUGCGGAACGUCCCAGAGCGGGAGCGCAUCGUCCGGGGCAUGCAGGACAGCAAGAGUCUGGAUGAGAUCAGCCAGGCGUGCGGGGGAGGGGGUGGUGGCCGGGGGGGCCAACCAGAGGGCCGCAGGGCCACCAUCUCCUCUGCCCUGGAGUUGGAGGGAACAGUCAGCCACGACGGGGACCUGACCCACUUCAUCUGCCGCAACCUGGAGCAGAAGAUCAAGAUGAGCUCCAAGCCCAGCCUGGACUGUGACUGUGACUCGGACUGCUCGGGUUCCAUCAGUAGCAGGGGUCGGGGGUCGUCGUUGCGGCAGCCGGCAGACAUCCCUCCCAUCGACCCUGCUGUCCUGGUGGACCUACAGAGACACACUCAGGAUGUUGCCCACAGUGUGGAGCUGAUGAUGCGCAGCCUCAACGGAACCAUCCAGAAUAUGACAGCGCUGAGUGUGGGAUACAUCCAAACCUACAGAGACUCCGUGGACAGCCUGGGGGAGUCUGUUGACAUGAGCAUAAAGGGAAUGUACACGCUGAUGGCGCGCUGUGAGGAGCUUGACCGUUCCAUGCAGCCUAUCCACACCCUGGCUGCCCAGAUCCGGGACAUCAAGCGCACCCUGGAUGCCCUGGAAGCUAUUUGCAAGUAGCCCCUCCACCCUGGAGACCCCUCUCCCCCAGAGACCCUCGUCCACUGCAAACACUUUGUUAACCUAAUGACCCCCCUGGAAUCACUGCUACUAAUCAUGCCAAUGGGUGAUCUACAUUAACCCCCUCUCCUCACACCUCCCCAUGGAGACGCCCCUCCCCUGAGAUCCUCGCUCGGCUAGGAGCCCUCCACCUGACAGAACUUGAAGGAAACGGAACACUUGAUGCUUUUCUUCAUGUAUUCCCGUCCGACCCACUUGGUUCAGAUUGCACUAACUGCUGCUGCCCACACGGUGGCACUCUCUCCCUCAAGUUAUCAUUACUCAUUGUGUAUCUAUUAUUUCAUGUUUUACUUUUCUAUUGUUUCUCAGUUUUCUUUCUCUGUAUUGUCGGGAAGGGCCUGUUGUUUAUGAAGCAUGUGUCGAAUAAGGUCUGAUUUGUAUGGAGCAUGAGCUUUAGGAACGGUUGUGAUAAGAUUUCGAUGUUAGUCAUUUCUUAGGCCGGUUCCUGAAACUGCCUGUGGCAGGUUGUAAUAGUGACAUGAGACAGCUGAAGGUGUGGGGGUACAUAUUAUAUUGUAUAAAGGGCAGUCCCUCCAUGUUAUAUACCUGUUAGUUAUCAGGCUGUUACCAACCAAAAGCCAUUCCCUGUAAAGCUCUCCUCUGUGUUCCCUGGAUAGAUUGUUGUGCUUUAGGAGACUGUGGUACCUUUUGUCACGUCACAGGCUGGCUGGUAGGUAGGCCUGUCUUUAUUUCUAACAUGUCUAUUUGGCUUAAAUUGUGUUGCCAUGGUGAGAGGUUCUGGACAGCCGUUACAUGUAACAUGCCCUUACAGGACUUGUAUGUUACCAGAUGUCGUCAGACCUGCUGAAGACCCACCUAGAUAAGGCAGCACCCGCACACUAGAUAUAAAAGGGGAUGGGCUGUAGGACUAUAGACUUUGGGGGGGGCGCAUGUUUGUCUGGGGAGAGAGGGAUGGCCUCCUCUAACUGCUCUUAAUAAUAUCUCUGUACAAUCAGAAGCACCUUUGUGCAUAUCUUUCUGUAACAAAAAAAAGAUUUUUGUCCUAAGUGUAUAUUUUAAGAAAAAUAACAAAUUUACAUGAGCUGCAAAGAGUAGCUGUCUGUUUUUGUUCCUUGUUUGUUUAUGAUGACAUGAGUGCAUAGAUACAGGACAUCUAGAGUGCAUCCAAUACAUUUUAUAUAACAUAUUAGUACAUUUCCACAGAAAAAAGGCAUGAUUUAUUGUAAUCACAGUAGCAUGACCAGUAAGAACACAAAGGUAAUGUUGAAUGGUGAAAUCAUCUCAGUUGAUAUGACUGCAGAAACAUGUUGUAGAAAGUGUGUUUGAGGAAACCAACUUGGGAACCAUAUUACAACAAAGCCAUUCACAUGUAAGGAAUAGAGAGAAGAAAAGUGUGCAGAUUAACAAAAAUGUGUACAUUUUUAUGAUUUAUCAGAUACUCUUAUCCAGAGCAAGUAGGGUUAAGUGCCUUGCUCAAGGGCACAGUGACAAACUUUUCAUCUAGUCUGCUUGGGGAUUCGAACUAGCGACGUUUCAGUUACUAGCCAAAUGCUCUUAACCGCUAGGCUACCUACCGCCCCAGAAACAUCCAGUACUGCCCUGUUAUGAAGUGAACACACACAACUGUCGACGAGACAAAGUAUGGCAAUGUUAACCGCAUCCUAUGAAUAAAAACUGUAUUUGUUUGUUUAGACAACACAGACUCCAAAAAAGGAUCCACUUUCCAAAAUAAAAGUAUAAUUUUCAGAUUUCAUUUUUAGAAAUAGAUCUAUUUUGUACCAUGCUCCUUUUUUAUACACUAAUGCGACAGUCUUUAGCCUGACCUGAUAGUCCUGCAGGUUAGUCAGGAGUUCAGGCAUAAGUCUGUGUUCAGGCUAAGGCUUAAAGCUGUGGUUAAUACCAGUAGUAGAGGUAGGAGAGGUGCAGUGAGUGACGGUCCACUGUGGUUCAAGAGAGCGAGGGUGGGGCUGGUUUCCUGGUUCAGCUCACUCAAUAAGGGGGGAUUCAGUCUGGCUGGAAGGGCACUCUGUGCCCUGACCUCAGCCCUGUCCUUGAGGUCCUCAUCGGUGACUGGCCCCUCCAGGGACUCAUAACACUGGCACUUUAAGUCCCUCUUCCAGGCCUCCAGGUUGCCAGGGUCCAGCUGGUCCGUGAUAGGGAAACGGCUGGGGUCACGUUGACGGCAUACGGGCCCAGAACCUCAAGCAUGAAUGUGGCUAGCUCUGAGCAGGCUGUCUGGGGGGAGACACAGACAGAGGGGAAAUGUCAUUCACCUCAGACACAGUUACAUUAGUAUGACUGACAAUGUAUGGAAGAUUUAAGAGAUCUGAGUCCUUGUCAAUAGCGACCCGUCAUUCAGGGCAGGUGGGGCAGAGCCCCACAUUUUUAGCAAUGCCUGUUGUGCAUGUUAUUUUGGCAUUAAUACAUGUCACAUAUCAGUUUGCAAACCAUGUCAAAAAAUGUAAUAUAUCAUUGAGUUUAUAAAGCUCAUUACAAUCAUG